AUGGCCUCCGAUACACUCCCCCCGGACUUCAAGAUCAUAUCCUCCCUACGUUAUGACCCUACGCUCCCGGCCGUCCUCGCUCAACGAGCCGCAGAUUUUUACCCCGAUCCUUUGAAAACACCCUACUACCUCCUUCCUUAUCACCAGGAACGUCUCCGCAAUGCAGCGACAUGUUUCGGCUGGGACAGUGCUGUAACCUUUCUGAAACAAGACCUGAGUCAAUUCGUCCGAUUCCUCGACUCUUUCAUUCCCGACAAUACAAAACCAUGGCGCCUGCGUAUUGUGAUUGAUAGCACUGGGACUUGCGAUGUCGAAGUCAGCCUGACAACGUCAAUGGAUCCGCUAAACCUCCUUAUUCCCUCCGAAUCGAACUCUUCUCCGUCCAAUACCUGGCGUGUCUAUGUCGACCCCGAACGAUUGGCCCCAUCCGCACUCACGACGCACAAGACCACAGCUCGCGACUUCUACAAUGCGGCACGGCUUCGAUCGGGCAUCGCUUCUCCGCUGGAGCAGGCGGAAGUGCUGCUUGUAAACCCGGCCGGCGAAAUCAUGGAGGGAAGCAUCACAACCGUAUAUUUCCGGCGAAGGAACACUACGGGUGGAGGCGACGGAGCUGGAGCGCAAUGGGUCACGCCGCCGCUUUCAUGUGGCGGCAAUGCAGGCACAACAAGACAUUAUGCUCUAGCUCAGGGGUUUUGCACUGAGCAGGUUGUAGCUGCUGCCGAUCUAGUUGAUGGCGAGGAGUGCUGGCUCAGCAAUGGCGUGAGGGGAUUCAUUCGCGGUAAAAUCGUUUGGCAAGGUGACCAAGUGGGUAACCAUAUGAUCCAGCUAGUCAAAGCAGAGGGUAUGAAGCUUAUUUGGCCAAUUAUAUCGUGCAUCAAAAACAUCACAUGCUCCAUUUCCGUAACAGAUAUACAAAACUGUCAGUGGGGGUGGGAAUCAGAUGAUCGCAGCGGGCCAUCCGCGACCCCCGCAUUACGAAUCCAGACUAGCGCGGACCGGCCAGAAGCUGACAGAAAUUCUUCCACUUUCUCUCCCUCCUUUCCGCUUCAUCCACCGCCAUUGCUCCACUGUCUUCAUCCAUCAAUCCAUCCAUCCAUCCAUCUAUCCAUCCAUCCGUCCGUCCUGUAUGCCUCAUCAGCAAUUAUGAAAUUCUUCGAAAAUGUCUUCACCUACGACUACUCCUUCCCUGCGGUGUCGCUGGCCUACUUCCUGCGCUACCCCAACCCUUAUUCGCGCCAUGUCCUGACCACCGAUGUCAUUGACCGCUAUGUCGAUCCCGAUACGCAGCGGCUGCAUACGACGCGUCUCCACCUGAAGAAAUCCAAGGUGCCGUCGGGGAUCCUCAAGCUGCUUCCGAAGGGCAUUGGCGGAUCGGACAAUUCCGGCCAGAGCUACAUCCUCGAGACGACCAUUGUCGACGCGAAGGAGGGCUGGAUGAAGACCGAGUCGCGCAAUAUGGAAUGGACUGGGAUUCUGAGUGUCAUCGAGAAGCAACACUACCAGCGGCAGCCGAUCGAGGGCGGCCUCGCGACCCUGGAAGGGCUUUCCCUCGACGAGAAGCGCAACGAGCAGACCACGGUGCGGACGACAGUCACAUUCCAGUCCCGGUUCGGACAAGGCAAGCUGCUGGGCAGGAAGAAGGCGGGGCCAGCGGGCGACCACACGGGCGAGCAUCACGAGGAGGAGGCUCCCAAGCGAGGACUGUUCAGCUCGUUGUCCACCGCGGGCAUCCAGCGCACCAUCGAGCUGAUCGGGCUGAACCGGACCCGCGAUGCCGUGCUGAAGAGCAAGCAGGGGAUGAAUGUGGUCCUGGAGCGUUUGCGCAAUGGUGGCAUCGUGGCUGUUCUUGAGGGGAUGCAUCGAGAUCGUGAGGCCAUCCUCGGACCCGAGGGGGGUCCCUGGAAGCGUGCCUGA